GAUUUCUUUUUUGGGGGAGGGAAUUUUGUUGCAGUUUUAUGGUGGAAUAUGCAAAAACCAGAGCCAGGUGCAUAAUCUUGUAUUCUGUGGAUAUCCCUGGAGCAGAACUGAGUACCAGUUAAAAUACUUUUUUGGGGGAUACACAUGUGAGAUACUAAGUACUUGCAGAAGAUUUUUGUCUCUCUUUUUAAAGUCACUUUCCUUGGAAUAUUGUGAGCAUAUUUGUGGCCAUUUAAGGUUUGUGUGAUUUUGCUAAAAUGCAUCACCAACAGCGAAUGGCUGCCUUAGGGACGGACAAAGAGCUGAGUGAUUUACUGGAUUUCAGUGCGAUGUUUUCACCUCCUGUGAGCAGUGGGAAAAAUGGACCAACUUCUUUGGCGAGUGGACAUUUUACUGGCUCAAACGUAGAAGACAGAAGUAGCACAGGGUCCUGGGGGAGUGGAGGACAUCCAAGCCCGUCCAGGAACUAUGGAGAUGGGACUCCCUAUGACCACAUGACCAGCAGGGACCUUGGGUCACAUGACAAUCUCUCUCCACCUUUUGUCAAUUCCAGAAUACAAAGUAAAACAGAAAGGGGCUCCUACUCAUCUUAUGGGAGAGAAUCAAAUUUACAGGGUUGCCACCAGCAGAGUCUCCUUGGAGGUGACAUGGAUAUGGGCAACCCAGGAACCCUUUCGCCCACCAAACCUGGUACCCAGUAUUAUCAGUAUUCUAGCAAUAACCCCCGAAGGAGGCCUCUUCACAGUAGUGCCCUGGAGGUUCAGACAAAGAAAGUUCGAAAAGUUCCUCCAGGUUUGCCAUCUUCAGUUUAUGCUCCGUCAGCCAGCACUGCCGACUACAACAGGGACUCGCCAGGCUACCCUUCCUCGAAACCAGCCGCCAGCACUUUCCCUAGCUCCUUCUUCAUGCAAGAUGGCCAUCACAGCAGUGACCCUUGGAGCUCCUCCAGUGGGAUAAAUCAGCCGGGCUAUGGAGGAAUGCUGGCCAAUUCUUCUCAUAUUCCACAGUCUAGCAGCUACUGCAGCCUGCACCCACAUGAACGUUUGAGCUAUCCAUCACACUCCUCAGCAGACAUCAAUUCCAGUCUUCCUCCGAUGUCCACUUUCCACCGUAGUGGUACAAACCAUUACAGCACCUCGUCCUGUACACCUCCUGCCAACGGAACAGACAGUAUAAUGGCAAAUAGAGGAAGCGGAGCAGCAGGCAGCUCCCAGACUGGAGAUGCUCUGGGGAAAGCACUUGCUUCGAUCUAUUCUCCAGAUCACACUAACAACAGCUUUUCAUCAAACCCUUCAACUCCUGUUGGCUCCCCCCCGUCUCUGUCAGCAGGCACAGCUGUUUGGUCUAGAAAUGGAGGACAGGCUUCAUCAUCUCCUAAUUAUGAAGGACCCUUACACUCUUUGCAAAGCCGAAUUGAAGAUCGUUUAGAAAGACUGGACGAUGCUAUUCAUGUUCUCCGGAAUCAUGCCGUGGGCCCGUCCACAGCCAUGCCUGGCGGUCAUGGGGACAUGCACGGAAUCAUUGGACCAUCUCAUAAUGGAGCAAUGGGUGGUCUGGCCUCAGGGUAUGGAACCGGUCUUCUUUCUGCCAACAGACAUUCACUCAUGGUUGGGGCCCAUCGUGAAGAUGGCGUGGCCCUGAGGGGCAGCCAUUCUCUUGUCCCAAACCAGGUGCCAGUUCCACAGCUUCCUGUCCAGUCUGCAACGUCCCCUGAUUUGAACCCACCCCAGGACCCUUACAGAGGCAUGCCACCAGGAUUGCAGGGCCAGAGUGUCUCCUCCGGCAGCUCUGAGAUCAAAUCCGACGACGAGGGCGAUGAAAACCUGCAAGACACGAAAUCUUCCGAGGACAAGAAAUUAGAUGACGACAAGAAGGAUAUCAAAUCCAUUACUAGGUCAAGAUCUAGCAAUAACGAUGACGAAGACCUGACACCAGAGCAGAAAGCCGAGCGGGAGAAGGAACGGAGGAUGGCUAACAACGCCCGGGAGCGCCUGCGGGUCCGUGACAUCAACGAGGCGUUCAAGGAGCUCGGCCGCAUGGUGCAGCUGCACCUCAAGAGUGACAAGCCCCAGACCAAGCUCCUGAUCCUUCACCAGGCCGUGGCCGUCAUCCUCAGCCUGGAGCAGCAAGUCCGAGAAAGGAAUCUGAAUCCGAAAGCUGCAUGUCUGAAAAGAAGGGAAGAGGAGAAGGUGUCCUCGGAGCCGCCCCCGCUCUCCUUGGCGGGGCCUCACCCCGGCAUGGGAGACGCGUCCAAUCACAUGGGACAGAUGUAAAAGGGUCCAAGUUGCCACAUUGCUUCAUUAAUACAAGAGACCACUUCCUUAACAGCUGUAUUAUCUUAAACCCACAUAAACACUUGUCCUUAACCCCCUUUUUUGUAAUAUAAGACAAGUCUGAGUAGUUAUGAAUCGCAGACGCAAGAGGUUUCAGCAUUCCCAAUGAUCAAAAAACCGAAAAACAAACAAAAAAACAAAAAAAAAAAGAAAGAAAAAAAAGUGCAACUUGGGAGAUGACUCUCUUUAACAUAUCAUUCAGAAUGUUCCAAGCAGUAUGUGCAGGCUGAGACGCAGCCCAGAGACUGAAUGGCAAUCUUUCCACACUGUGGAACAAUGCAUUUGUGCCUAAACUUCUUUUGGAAAAAAAAAAAAUAUAUAAUUAAUUUGUAAGUCUGAAAAAAAAAAUAUUUAAUUUAAAAAAAUUGUAAACUUGCAAUAAUGAAAAAGUGUACUUCUGAAGAAAACUACAUGACCGUUUUUGUUGGUAUUCAAGUCAGCUAGUGUUUAUAAUUACCGGAUAUCGAAUAAGGGGAAGCUCGGCUGCCCUCGUAACAAAACCAGCAAACAUCCUGAUGACAGCGAAGUGAUGACAUUAGCCAUUCCUUAGGGUAGGAGGAACAGAUGGAUCUUAUAGACCUAUGACAAAUAUAUAUAUAAAUAUAUAUAUAAAUAUAUAUUAAAAAUUUAGUGACUAUGGUAAGCUUUUGUUCAUUUGUUUCAGACUUUUUUCUCCUGUAAAAAAAUAGUACUGAUUAACUUUUUUAAAAGAAAGAUUUUACUGUAAAUAUGGAUUUUUUUUUUUUUUUUUUUUUUUUUUUUUUUUUUUUUUUUGGGUCUUAUUUCUGUCCCUUUCCCCGGUUUGUUUGUUCUCAUAACCUGUAGUGCCAACUCCGCUUCCGGAGGGGUGGUGCAGGAUGAAAUGCUGACCCUGAUGUUGCUUUUCAUUCAUAAAUAAGUAGAAAGUUGUUUCUUCAGUCUUUUGGGAACACAGGACUUAAAAGUCACAUCAUGUGUAGAUAUUAACAAGCAGCAUUACCAAGACAUGGCAAAAAGAGUUUGUCUGAAUUGUAAUGUUGCGUUUGUGACCCUCUUCUGGGAUUUUCAGAGGUACAAGGUUAGAAUGCUACAAUGUUACCACUGUGCCUUCCAAUGUUUAUAUCAUCGGAAACAUAACAUAAUCAAAGUGGCUGUGAUUUAACAAAAUGAUUAAAGCGUUACCUACAUGUGUAGCCAGAAGUAGUGUGCAGUGAGGUGUUUCUGAAUACAUGGUCAGAUUUUUGGAAAAAAACAAAAACAAAAAAAACAAGUGAAGUUCAACGACCAUCCAAUGAGAAAAUUGCAAGUAGUGUGACAGAGCUGAUUGAUUUUGUUGCUUUCUUGAUUUUUUUUUUCAAAAUGGGUUUACUAAGAUGCAGAUGACUUAACUGUCUCCUCCUUCGUCUGAAAAAAAAAAAUGCCAAUAUUCAAUCAUCAUGCAGCGUUAUAACAAGCCUUAUAAGUCCUAAAGCAUUAAGUUGCACUUUCUUGAGGAGGGGUAGUGCAGUAUUUCUCUGGCCAGUAUGAAUGAAGUUUAUACUUAACGUAUUUGAUAGAAACAUAGAUCAAGCUAUGGCACAGCAACUCAUCAGAUAGCUAGCUUUGACGUCUGGGCACAAUUGAACCAACUUCCAUCGUGAAUCUUUAUAAUGAUUGACUUUGGUGUAUAGUGCAGUAAGGAAAUAGUGCUCCUAGUUAAGUAUUUGUCAGCAUCCUUUUGUCUCUAACUCAUUUCUGUUUUUACAGCCACACAAUCUUGGCAUGUAUUAAGAAAAAAAAAAAAAUCCCUUGUUCAAGUAGUUUUUCCACCUAUCAGCACUGAGUAAAUGCCAUAAACCCAUCGAAAUGGUCUAAAUGUUCCAUCUGUUCUCCUGUUUUGCCAGUUAUAUAGUAAUGAAAUACAUUUGUAAAUUUUAUGCAACAAAUGGCAAACGUAUCAUUAUUUUGAAAUUGUGUAUGUAAAAGUUAUAUUUUUACAUGUAGACUCUUGUUAUUAUGUGUUUUAAUACAUUGUAUCGGUUUUUGUUCCUUAUUUUUUUUUAAAACGGUGUGGUUUAAAAACCGUCUCAUUGAAAUGAAAUAGUGAGCUACAAGAAUCUGAAUUUUAUGUUCAUUUCUGAAAAUGUAAGAACAAAUAAGAUAGUUACCACGUGGUCAUCUUUUACAAACCCAUAAACAUUUUGAUUAGCUGUGUGUGUGUUGAAAACUGUAAAUAUGUUCAGUAGUGAUAAAACUAAAAUACUUUGUUUGAUUUGUUGAUAAGUUCCUAAAAUGUGGAGGUGGAUUAAAACCUUAGAAUAGCAGAAAUCAGACUUCAUGAAAAGUUAUUUUGAGGCUACCCUGUGAAAAUGAAUGAACAAAGGGGCUCAAAGAAGGGCAUGGAAGACAAUAUUGUAUACUCUCCCCUCCUCCUGAAUAAUGGAAACUGUGUGUACUUGUACCCUCAGUAUGUUGAAGAUUUCCUUUUAGUGGUACAUUCUGCACUCAUUUUGUAUACUCUAUCAAGGCGGGUAUCCCUAGGAACAAUAUUAUAUAGGAAGCAGGUAUCCUCUGAUCACAUUCAGGAUAAGUGUAUAGAAGAAAAUAUGGUGUUUACUCUUUAGGGAACUGGAAACACUCCCUGCAUUGAUGUACAUUUUAAGAUUGGCACUUUUGAUACACGUUAUCAUCAAGGUGCUUUCACAGAGCUGAUUUAAAGUUUUUCAAAUCUGUAAACAAAGCAAAAAAAAAUUAAAUCGUAGUUCUUGGAUUAUUUUUUAAAUUGGUGCUUUAUAUUUUGUUCUCAGUCAAACAGAGUAAAAGCUGCAAUUUAUUGUUCACCAGCUUUGAUGCAUUCAUUAAUCAGUCAUGUAAUACCUCUAUUGUGGAAUUCCCUUUGGAAAUAAGCGAAAAACUUUCUAGGCCACCAAAAGCUGCUCACUACUUUUUGCUUGGUGGAGAAACAUCUGCAUCUAUCCAUAUUCAUUGGGUAGUAUCCCCAUUAACAAGAAAAAAAAAAAAAAAAAAGAUGAAAGGGAAUGUGGUCUUUUUAGUGUGGUUUUUUUUUUUUCUUGUUCUUUUGUAAUUAUGAAACCCAGGUAAGAUAUUGGUAUCCUGCGCUGUAUUUUCUAAUGCAAUUUAGCAGAAGACAGUUAGGAUUAAAGUACUAUACAAAAAUUUCCUAAGGGUCCAUACUACACUAUGUAUAUGAUAAUACUUCGGCUGGGGAUCUGUUUAAGAGACUUGGACUUUAAAAGCAACUUGGAACAGUUGAUCCACCUCCACAUUCAAGUAAUUUAUGAAUAUGCAGAAUAGGGAUCUGUUCAUCUAGACAUUUUUCCCAUUUGUCUUCUGUGUAGCUGCAAGGAACACUAAUGUUUAUACAACUGUCAGUCCACCCAGUAACGCAACUGGUUCUGAUUCAGUCUUCCGAUUCCUUUUUGUUUUUCGCCUUUUCCUAU